AUGGAGGGCAUGGACCUGGACCUGGACUCGGAGCUAAUGCAGAAAUUCAGCUGUAUGGGCACUACGGACAAAGAUGUUCUCAUAUCCGAGUUUCAGAGACUUCUUGGGUUUCAACUUAACCCUGCCGGCUGCGCCUUCUUCCUGGACAUGACCAACUGGAACCUGCAAGCAGCCAUUGGGGCCUACUACGACUUUGAAAGCCCCAACAUCAACGCACCAGUAAUGUCCUUCGUGGAGGAUGUGACGAUCGGGGAGGGGGAGUCUGUGCCCCCAGACACGCCGUUCACAAAAACCUGGAGGAUACAAAACACAGGGGUGGAGUCCUGGCCUCCGGGGGUGUGUCUGAAGUAUGUGGGCGGAGACCAGUUUGGUCAUGUGAACAUGGUGAUGGUGCGCUCUCUGGACCCCCAGGAAGUGUCGGACGUCAGCGUGCAGAUGCGCAGCCCGGUAGCCCCUGGCAUGUACCAGGGCCAGUGGAGGAUGUGCACGGCUACCGGACUUUUCUACGGCGACGUGAUCUGGGUGAUCCUGGCCGUGGAGGUGGGCGGCCUCCUGGGCGUCACGCAGCAGCUGUCCUCCUUCGAGACGGAGUUCAACACGCAGCCGCACCGCAGCGUGGAGGGCGACUUCAACCCCUUCGCCUCGCCGCAGAAGAGCAAGCACGCCGGCGACGACAGCCUCACGGACCCGGGCGGGCCCUGGGAGAGCCCGCAGGAGCAGAACGGACUCUCACACAACUCUGUAAAUAUAGCGCCCAGUGGUCUCCAAAGCAACCUGUCAGUAGUGACCUAUAAACAGGGUAUUCAUGGACCCUAUCCUUUUGGACAGUCUUAAAACAGGGGGAAUGCGUGUAGCUCAGCUGCACUGCUAGGCAGUGUUGCCCUGGCAUACUGGGGGCAGGGGGGUUUGGAGAGGGGGGUGGGGAUUACUGAAAUUUGAUAUUGACUCCUGACAGACGCCCCCCCUGCCCCCCCACCACCACCUCGCAAACAACAACCGAAGACGAGACCUUUUUCAAUUCCGAUCUACAGUUCAACAAACAUCACCUGACGUAUGCAUGUGUGAAUGCUAACUUUAAAAAAAGUGCUAUAAAUCUUUUUUUAAAAUGUGAAAUACACAAGAAGAGUUUUUUUCCUCCCUUUGGGCUUUUAUUUGAAGUUAAUUUGUGUUUAUUUUGUUUCAUUAUUUUGUUGUCAUGACGCAGUGAAGUGGAGGCUGGCUAUGGUGGGAGGGAGGAAGCACGCUUGUGUUUGUGUGUGAGUGCUACAUGCAGGAAAUGGAGGAUAAAAGCCAUUGAAAAGUCAUUUUGCCUCCCGAGCAACUCGUUUUUAAACCGAUAUUUAACUUGAAUAUGAGUUCUGUUUUCCAUUCACAUUUUGUUUCUGGUGUUAUGGUGUUUACUUUUUUGGGAGAGUUUGUAUUUGAAUAUACAAGUCUGCCUGUGUUUGAAGCAACACUCUCGCCCCUCUUACGGCUUAAUGCUUAUUGCUUAUUGCUUACACUAAUUUCCCUUGUCACUGUUUUUUUAUGGCCAGUACAAGGAAAUACAGCCAAUAGCAGCAGCUAAUGUUCUCACAGUCCAGCAGAGGGCGCUGUUGAUAAAAACUACAGCUCGCGUCUUUGGGUUAGCGUGCCCGACCCUGACGUGUUAAAUGUCACCCGAAAGAACACUCUUUUCCCAUUUUGUUCAAUGUCAGCGCACUCUGUCAACAGUUUCAAAGCGACCGUCAUAUCUGUACCGCAUCUGUGGUCGAAAUGUGAUCUAAACUAAGCCAGGGGACAAAAGGGUUAUACGCCAUAGAGUUGUUGAAAAAACGGUCAUGCAGUGCUGGUACAGGCAAGCUUGCAUGUCACUUUUUUCCAUGCUCAGUUGAAGGCGAUAAUGAUGUUAUUUUGUGGUUAAGUCGAUCCACCUGUGUGUGCGUCGCAGGUUUAUCGCCAUGCGGCCGCAGAAACAAAUGUUUGUUUGCCCAACCCAAAGACAAACAGCCAUAACCAGACAAUGUUCCAUUAACAUGGGCUUAAGAUGUCACUUUGGGAUAGUCAGAAAGAGACUGAUUCAGACAAUAGACAGAACAGCUUGAGCUGAACGGAUUUGGGUUGCGACUUGAACAUUUACCUGAAACCGACUUUUUUGAAAUAAACUAUUAUGCUUCUUUGCAUGAUUCUUUUUGGCCGUGCGCCAGCAGUCAUUUUCACCGCAUUUGUCUGCUCUUUCCUUGUUCCCCAUGCGCAUAACGUCCAUUUAGCUGCACGCUAUCAGUUUGACGCCCGUGACAACCCUGCUCCCGGACCCGACGUUAAGUUCAGAGGCCGUACGUUAGCGCAGCUGUGAGGUGGUUCUGGUCUGUGGAGUCCGUGCCUGCACCUGUUCCCCGUGCUGUCAGAUUCCGCGCCAGGUUUGCAGACGCGCUGCGUCGGGUACCGUAGGCCUACUCGGCUUACACUGUCACUGUGAUCGAUUGAGCCUCAUCCUCAGGAGCGUACACCUUAUAUGUCCAUUUGACUGACUGCUCUGCAUUUACUACUUCUUUCUUUAUUAUUAUUAUUUUAUUUUAUUUUUUUGUGCGCAUACGAGUUUGAAUACCUUGCCCGAAUGUUUGUUAUCUUUCUUUGUAACCUGGCUGAUUGUAGAGGGUUUUGUUUAUUUUUUUUUCCUGUUGAGGUUUGGCAUGGUAAAUGGAUGAUAUGAAGUCUUUAUACAGUCCUGUGAUGGAACAUUUACGAGAAAUAAGAAGGAAAGAAAAGUCCAAAAUUAAUCAAAGCAUUUUUCCCAGUAUGUAUAAAAGAACAUUUGUAUGAUUAAAUUAACACUGAAGAUGGAAAAAAA